CGCGCCGCACCACCUCCGUCGUUCUCCACGCUACGUCGCUAACUCGGUCCCCCUUCGUCCUCCCUUUUAACACAUCGUCCUCGUCGUCGUCAUCGUCGCGCUUUCACGUUAUCAUCGACGUUCGUCAUUUUCAAAAAGGACGUCAGUUACUUAUUUGAUUCAAACGUUCUUCUUCCGCGUCGCAGACCGGGAUUCUUCGCUAGAUGAGCUAACUCCGACCGUCUCCUCUUCACGUUCACGUUGGUUCACUUCGAGUUACUCCUCCGUCAGUUUUUUCGACGAUCCGUCGAUUCCUCUCGGGACUCCCGGACAUCUCGGGAAUCCCCGGCUGCGCGGUCGGAUGAAUCUCCAGAGGUGAAUCUCGCGCGUUUUGUUUCCCAUGAGAGUGCCGGCGAGUAGCCGGUAGACCUCCUCUCAUCUCCGCUCGUGUCCCCGGAUUAUUUCGCCAAUCGCGAAUGUUGUGCCCGAGCCACUCGUCAUCCCCCUCGGACGAGGACGCGUCUGGUCCUGCAAUGGGACCGCACCAUCAACAUCUCGCGGGCCCUCGCGAACGGAACGACGGUAGUAACCGGAGUCGCGAGACAACUUAAGACGAUCUUCUCCCCCCAGAGAGAAAAAGAGAAAGGGACCGCGGGGCUGCUCAUAUCGCGAACCCUCGCGCCGCAAUCGAGGGGCACAGAACUGGACCAAGCUGAAGGAAGGAUUGCGCGACUUCAAGAAAAACCCGAGAUGGAAUCACCUUCGGCCCGUCAGGACUGUUUCGUUGAGGCCCAAGAGGAUUCCACCUCAGUGGAGGCCGUGGCGGAAGGCGCACCGUCGCCAGGCGGGACGACAACACCAACGAUAACGAUAGCAAUAACGGACGCCGACGACGAUGACGAUUACGCGGCGCGUCCAUCCGUCAUGCAGGACUCGCGCGAGGACUUGGUGAUGGUGUGCGAGACAUCAGACGAGAGACCAGAGAACGAAGUAUCCGAAGCGAGGCAAUCCAGUGAUAAGCCGGAAGAGGAUCAAGCAGGAGAGGAAAAAGAAGAAAAAGAAGCGAAUAUGGGUCUAACGAUAGGAAAGAAAGCCGACGAGGAUGAGAGAAACGAAAAGGACGAGAUCGACGCAAAAUCGACGGAAAAUACUCUUCGGGAACUUGACGGCUCGCCGAGAACGUCCGAGCCGCAAGAUCGCGACGUCGGAGAAUGCUCGGAGGUGUGGGAGAAUGGGAUCGAGAGGUCCAAGUCGCCGGAUGUCUCCAGAAAGAGGCCGGCCGCGGGUGACUUCCUGCCGAUCGGCGCCGAGAUCAAGAGGAUCGGUAUCGAGAUCUCGGAGGAGCAGGCGACCCAGCUUAGGAAUGAUGUCAGGAGGCUGUCGCCGGUGUUGGUGAGCCUGCGGGAGAGGACUCUAGGCGAGGUGUCCCUGACCUCGGAGUCCUCCUGUCUUUUCGGGGACGAGCUUGACGGUAGGGUAACACCGAGGUGUAACGACGUUCCGGCGGGAUCGUUCGUGGCGAACGAUUCCCAGAUUCAGGACGUCGAUCAGAAUCACGGAAAGGAAGUGAACGAGGAGGAGGGGAGAGAAGUGAUCGGCAAGAUCGGCGCAGGUCCUUCAGAGUGCACGAGCAGCGUCCUCGACAGCGUCGAGGACACGUUAAACUGUGCGAGCAGAAAGAUGGAUUACGACAGCGAGGGGGAAAUUACGACGCUCGGCAUCAACGCGACUUCUUCGAUAUUCUCGAGAAGCGACAGCCCGGACGGGACGACGGAGUCGCGUCAAGACGACGUCAAAGACACAAAUUUAGCCACGAACGUAGCUGGAAGCGAGUUUUGCAUUUCGACCAAAAAGUGCGAAACGACGACUGGUUUUGCGACGACACCGUCAAGUCCUAUUUGUCGAAAUCUAUCCGUUGUCCUGAAUCGCGUCGAGGAUGUAAAGAAGAAUAAUGUUUUGAUAAACACGAGCGAGAACAUAUGGGACUACGUCGUCGACGAGAGUUCGCCUUUCUCCGGUGAAAGAAAAGAUUCCGUCGACGAGAAGCGCGACUCGGUCGCAGAAAUUACGGAGGUUCAGGAGAAGGGCCUAAAGAAGCAACGGUGGCAGAGCGGCUCGUCUCCGAUGACCAGAUCAAAGAAGUACGAGUUGACGGAGGAUGGACUUCGUACUCCGGACAAUGGAAUGAUCUUGAAGAAGUGCAAGGUGAUGCUGGAGCGAAUCGGCGACGGGGUCACGGGGCAUGUAUCGCGAUCGGAGAACGCCGAGGAGAGCGAAACCUCGAGGGAGCUCGAGAAGGAUGACGGGUCCGCGCCCGUCGCGGUGAUCGGCAAGCUCGAGGAGGACGAGGAGGUGGUCUUGGCGAGCUCGGCUGAGGACAGCCGCGUGUCCAACGAGCUCGAUUCGUCGGAGACAAUGCCGAGCUCGCCGGAGGAAACGCCGGAGGUAUCCGUGGACAUUGCCGAGGGCGUCGACACCGAGACGGAAACGGAGACCGCCUCCGACAGUUCGGAGGUGUCGCCCAUCGCGAGCAUCCGCCACGAGUUGCGCGACGUCGACAUGGCGCCCGAUCAGCUACCCUGCUCCGAGGGGGUCGCUCUGUGCUGCGUGGAGGCGAUGGCGCCAAUCAUGACGAGAUUGGAGGCCGACCGGCCAGAAGCGUACACCGAGGACUCCGCCGAGAGCCUGGCCUUGGCGACCGGCGCCAGGGACGAGGUCAGAUCUGAUGGGAGCGACUCCGGACUGGGGAACGAGAUCCCCGGUGACUCGGGACCGGCACCUGCGCCGGAAAGCGACUCGGAGACUUCCUUCCUCGAUAGACUCCCGGACGACAUCCUCUCUGACAAGGAGAAAGGCGUAAAUCAGUUGGAGGCCUACGCGGCGUCCUCGGGGACGUCUGGGACGCCGGGCCAGCUGCCCCUGACGAGCUUCCGAGCGCUUCCGGCCAAGAGCAACCUGAAGCGCAGAUUGACCGACUGCAUGGAGAGCGACGAGUCGCGGGGCAACGUCGACGAGCCCCUGAAGAAGAAGCGCAACAUCCACUUCGACGCGGUGACGGUUUAUUACUUCUCCAGGGCGCAGGGCUUCACCUGCGUACCUUCCCAGGGCGGCAGCACUCUGGGCAUGAACGCGACGCACACGCACGCGGAGAGGUUUUCGUUGUCGGAGCACGCAGCCGAGCAGAGGCGGAUUCACCGCGCGCGACUAGCGCAGUUGCGCUCCGAGCGCAAUUGCGCGACCAAUUGCGUGACCGAGACGGCGUCGAGCUCGGAGGACCCGAGCGACGACACCGACGAGGAGCCGAGCGACAACGAGGAGCUCGACAUCGACAGUUAUUACUUCCUGCAGCCGGUGCCCACGUGGCAGCGCCGGGCACUUCUCCGGGCCGCCGGAGUCCGGAGGAUAGACGGGGUCGAGAAGGACGAAUGCCGCGAUAUCCGCGCCAGCAGGGAACACUGCGGAUGCGGCUGCAAGGGAUACUGCGAUCCCGAGAGCUGUCCUUGUAGCAGGGCCAACGUAAAGUGUCAGGUGAGAAAGAGAGAGAGAGAGAAGAGUAGAAUAGAGCAAUUGAAAUUUUGGAAUACGUCUAUCACACAGUAGAUUCAUACAAGCUUGAAAUAAUGAAGAUGAUAAGAGAU